AUCGACUGCUUUUGCCUGGCCGGCAGGGUAAAAGUUGAAAGUUCGUCUACAUCUGAAGCAACAGCAGACACGUGUAGGUUAAAAAGCGGUGUAUGCAGUAGUAGCACUGGCUGCAGCGAUGGCUGCGAUCUACUCUGGGAUCCAUCUGAAACUGAAGAGUCCUCAGACUUCAUGGGAGGACAAGUUAAAGCUGGCACGUUUUGCCUGGAUCUCCCCUCAGUGCCUGCUGCCCAACAAGGAACAGGUGCUGUUGGACUGGUGCGCCCAUGCCCUAACAGGCCGCUACAAUCAGAAGGUGGAGUUUUCUCAGAAUGUUCUGGAAGGACUGUGGUGUUACCUUGACGAUCUACUUCACAGCCGGAAGCUUCACUCUCUUCUCAAGCAGGGCAAGACCAUCAGCCUGAGGCUCAACAUGGCACAGCUACUGCUUGACCGUCUCCAGGAGUGUGCACGUGUUGGCUCAAAGUCUCUGGUGUGUGUGUCCACCAUACUGAGUGUGUGUCAGGGCCUUCUCUCUUCUCCUGCACUCUCAUCUGUCUUUACCACCAAGUAUGAACUCAUUGCCGAUCUCCUGGCUAAGUUUUGCUCUCUGGCCUGCCGUGAGCUACAACAACCAUUGCUCACACAACCCCUGAUGACUGAGUCUGUCACAUGUCAAGAUGAGGUGAUUAUUAGCGAUUUGGACAGUGCCCAAAUUGAGCCGAUCAUUGAAAGAUCUUCAGAUCUGCCAGAGUUAGCUGCAAAUAAGUCCCCUCUAAAGCAAAAAGAAAAACUCCGUGCAGCUAAUUUGUUUGAGGUGUUGCUUCAGGUGCUGUCAUGUUAUUUGUCAGUUCAGAGACAACAAGCCAAUCCUAAUAGAGUCUUUACUAUGGUAACCAACCAGCUGCUCCAACCUUUAGUACUGCUCAGACACCUGCUGACUUCUGGGGAAUUUGCGUCCGCGCACAUACAUCUGCGCCUCGGUCAGCAGCUGUCCAGAGACAUCCGCAGUAAGAUAGACUCCAUUCUUCACUUAGCUCUUUUCCCUUCUGAGCAUCUGACCUACUACAAGGAGGAGCUCCUUCCAUCUAAAGAGGAUUCUGGGAAACGUGGUCUUGGAGGGGCAAAAGGCCCCUUGAAGCCAGUCAGUGUCAUACAUUCCAAACUGAGUGCUCAGGGCUACUGUGAGGUGCAUCUGCACUACACUGUGAAGUCCAACACACUGUCUCUGCUGUUUAAGUUCUUUCUGGAAAGCUACGGAAAAGGGAGAGGAGAAAGUGAGGAAGUGCACAGGAUGCUGUGUUUUUAUUUCCUCACCAGAUUGGUCCCGGCCUUGGACGUGUGUGUUGAUGAACUCUCAUCUGCCAAAGCAGACCAGCCAGUGUCUGUGUCCCCAGGACAGAAGUCUCCCCCAGCAUCCCUCUGUUUCCCAGAGAGUUGGAGCCUGGCUCUGCUGGCUGUGGAGUCCCUGCUAAGUCAGGCGCUGUCCGCUGAUAUCUACAAUGUAGCAGCAGACAGGAUCAGACAUGGAGAGGUCCAACUCAAAUUUUACAGAACUCUGGGACAAAUGCUCAUUAACCACGCCCAGCCAAGCAUCCCAGCAUGGUACCGCUGUUUAAAGGUGCUGCUGAGUCUCAACCAUCUGAUUCUUGAACCAGACCUGGACCAGUUGUCAUCUUCAGCCUGGGUUAACUCUGAAUGCAUGGAAGCACGUGUGCAACGGGCCAGACAGCUCUUGGCAUGCAGUCUCCUCCAGACUUACACUAAGCUCCGUCAGCUGCCACGCCUCUUCUCUGAGCUCCUGUCUGUGAUCUGUCAGCCAGCACUGGACAACCUCCGACCUCCUCUGCUGUCUGAGGGCAUCUCCGCCACGCUCAGAACUUGUCUUCUGGACACUCCCCCUUCCCAGUGCCUAGAGAUCUGCUCAUUGGUGUUGGAGAGCAUCAGGAGAUGUAUAUUUCCUGACCUGUUGAAGGAGGGAAGGGAGACAGAGAAGAUAGUAGAGAAUAAAGAACUGAAGGUCGACCAAGAGAGAGAAGAUGCAUCAAGGAAGCUCCUCUCCCUCAGCCAGCUGCUUCAUGGUGUUUUGUUCAGUCUGAAGACUCUAGACAGUGCGUCUCCUCUUCCAAUAGUCAGGCAGAGUCAGGGUUUGAUGGAGGAGAUGAAACAGGUCGUAAAGGAGUUACUGCUGCUGUUGACAGAGAAGAAGGCUGUAAAAGCAAAUAUAAGUCCGGCUCCAAGGACCCCAAGGAAAGUCAAAAAGAAUUUGGACCACAAAGAGUCAGAGAGGGUCUCAGAGUCUAAAACAGGAGCACUGUGGGAACAAAAGACCCAGGAGGCUGCUCUCCUUCUCAGGUACACCCUGGUGGAAGUUGACACACUCUUUAAUAUCCACUGCAGCAAAUACACAUCUCUUGACUCUGCCCAGACAGCAGCUGCAAGUAAAACAGAGGACUGUACUUCGGUCCUAACUUGUAUAGAAAGUCUCCUAUCUGGUGAGAUUUUGCCAGCACGUCUAGAAUCAUCCCGCAGCACCAUGAGCUGUUUGCUGCUCAAACUCCUCACUUUGCAACAGACAAAGAAAGUUUUGUUAGAUGCCCCCUUACUCUCUGAACCCAGCACUGCAGCACUGCUGAACAGGGCAGCCCAGUUUAUUUUAUCUAAAUCAGAGAUGGAAGGGAGUCUGGAUGGACAGCAGGUGUGGGACGGGCAGAUAUCGAGUGUGAACGCCAGCUCCUACCAUGUAGCACACUGGUAUAUUGUCACAUCCAAUUUUCCUUUGAUUGCUCCCUACUUGAGCAGAGAAGAUGUGGGCUGCAUAGCAGAUGUACUUGUCAGUUCCCUUCUCAGCAGUCACAUCGAUGGAGGAAAGGGCCGACCGGCUGGCUGGCUGACUGUCUCCCUUAUAUCUUCCCAACUUCUCCAAAGCGCCGUUCUUGCUGAGUUGCCUACGCUCUUCUCUGCCACAGUUUGUUCCCUUACACAAAGGAUUGUCUGUAUUCUUAAGGCAGCUCAUGUACCCAAUGUUUGUCCUACACUCCUGAAGUUUCAGGAAAAAGGAAUUGGAGCUUACACUUCUGAGAGAAUUGCCGGUCAGCCUCCUCUGUCCACAGUUAUAGCUGAAGAUAUAUUGGCAUCUUCAAUGACUGGAGAGAUGUCUGUACUGCUGACUGACACACAGAGCAAGGAGCUGGUAAACUUACUCCAAAUCUUAACAGAUCUAAACCCAGAUGGGAUGAACUCUGAGGAUCUCUCCUCUAUUUUUCUCCUCCUCUUCUUCAUGUUAACCUCCACCUCCAGUCAGUUAGACCAGAAGGCCACAGACCCUCCUGAAUCUGGAGAUGACGCUUGCUUCCUGGGGAAGCUGCUCAGGAUUCUGACUACUCUCCUGGAGGGUAGAAACUUCCAAAGUGUUUUGAAGCUCAUCCAUGCUGGUACUCUGCUGCAGGCUUCCGUGUCUUCUCUCAUCUGGCAUAGCAACAAUGGAGGAUUUCGAGCCACAAGCAGCUCUGAUUGGUUAGAUUUAAUCAAAGCGGUGCAGGGAUUUAUCAGGUCUUUGGUCCAGAUGAUUAUAAUCCGAAACAGCAGUGUUCGACUCAACUUAGAACAGUUUGCCUCCUACCUUACCAGUAAGGAAAUGGCAAGCAUGCAAAUUGUGGUACCCGGUUUGGCAGCUGUGACAGAUAAACCAGAUCCAGGAGCGUCUGUUUUGUAUGUUCAUCUCCUGCUGGCAUCGCUGACCUCUUUCUCCCAGGCAUUGACAUCUAACCUGGGGAGGAGUAAACCUAUGGAUCAAACUUUGGCUCAAAUGCUCACAAGAACGACUGCUGCACUGGGACCAGCUGUCGAGUACGUCUUAAAGCCCCAGGCUGUCAGUCAGUCAGUCAUCCAACCAGCCAGCAUCCUCGGUCAAGCCUUUGUAGUAGAAGUUGUUACUGUCAUGCUGCACUGUGAACUUUCCUCACUGUCAGUGGAGGAUGAGAACAAACGGAAUGACACCCAGCCCACCCUGAGCCAAAUGACCCUCUAUCAGGGCUGCUGCCAGCAGAUCCUUAAAGAAUUAAGUUGUGCCCACAGGCCGCUGGACUUCCUGGUUUCCUCUCUCCACUUCCUGUCUGCUUUCUACAAAGCAGUAGAGAAGACGAGAGGAGAAAGGGAGGAGGAGCAUGGAGUGGAGAAGAAGGCAGGAAAGGAGUUGGAUGAGUUGUACAUGCAGAUACUGCAUAAUGUGCACAGACUUCUGACAGCUUCUUGGCUGUCUACAAAUGAUGUUUGUGAACUGGAGCCAGCUGUACAGGAGCUGCUGUGCCACCUGGUGGAGAAAAGUACUACAGGCCGGUUCAACCUGCUGCUGCUGCUGAUCAGAGACGGACUGGACACUGGCAAGCUGAGGGCAGGAAGCUACAGGGAGGUGCUGUCUGCAGUUAUCAUCAUUAAGCUGCUGUCCUGUUGUCAGUUACCUGAGCUCUGCGCUAAAGCUCUGUGGCUCAUUGCACCGCAGAUUAUAUCUGCUAUGGUGUUCUUAGUAAAAUCGUCCUCUCAGGAUAUCUCUCUGACCCAUUCCUUUACCGUUCCCACGGUGAUGUCAAUGACAUCACUGCUGCGCCAAGGGGAGGGGCUCAUCACCAACCCUCAUCAUGUCAUCUUGGUCCUCGGAGCACUCCAGUCGAUGCCCCUCAACCACUUGACCCCGCCCGUUUACCAAUCAGCAUUCCUGGCUGUUCAUGAGGCGCUGUUUGCUUUCAUUCAGUGUCAUCCUCAGGUGAUGUUGAACGCCGCUCCGUCAUUCUUAAAUGUCUUCUAUCGUCUGGUGGCGUCCAUCAUGCAGGAGGGUCGGCAGAGAGGAGACAGUGACACAGACAGUGAUGUGUAUCUCCAGUGCUCCAGAUUGAUAGAGAGGAUGUACUCCCACAUUGCUGCUACAGCUGAGAACUUCACCACACUGUCGGCAUUCAUUGUGGCCCAGUAUGUCACAGAGCUGCAGAAGGUUACUUUGCGACCAGACGUUAAGCUGCAUCUGACAGAGGGGAUCUAUCGGAUACUUGACCUGUGUACGGAGCAGGAUAUUAAGUUUCUGACUGCCGGACUGCAGAUGGGGGUCAGGGAGGUGUUCAACGAGCUGUACAGCAGCUACACCCACUACCACAAAGCACAGAGGCAAGGAGAGGACAAGUACACUGUGUGAACUGUCACAACAAGCGCUCUCAACCAGUUUAGAUUUCAAUUUAAUUAGGUCAGAAUAAAUGUUAUUGCUAUGGAACACUGUUUAUGUGUAAUUUCUGCUUUUGAAUGGGGACAGCAUGUGAAUAACAUACUAAGGAAAAUAAUUAGUCAUUAGAAAGUUUUUUUGUUUGUUAACAACAGUACUGCUUUACAGUAACUGGUUAAUAAUUGUUGCAAAAACAAAGCCAUCUACAGGUGGAUACCCUUGGUUGCACCCUGUAUCUUAAACAUACAGCCCAUGGCUGAUUGGAGGAAUAGUAGCUGUUCUCAGGAGG